AUGUGCUUCAACCCCGAAAAGAAAGUGGAAGAAGAAAUUUCUCAACAAAAUGGAUUAACGCUAGCUGUUUUGAAAAGCGAAACUAAAUUCAACAAAGAUGUUUGCAAUGCCAUUACUUCUUUUGUCAAAUGUCUGAAGAAACCUGUUUGUAUGAUUGCUCAUAACGCUUUUAAGUUUCACUUCCCCUUACUGAAAUAUCAUAUGGAUAGAAUGAAAGUAGCAAUGCCAGAUGAUCUGUUAUGUACUGAUAGCAUUUAUUGCUACUAUGACAUAUUAAAAAGAGAAUUGUAUGUAAAGCCAAGAGAAAACACAGAAGAAAACUGUGAAGAAGAAAGUGCAGAAAGUAAAAGUGAUCCGGUAGAAAUUGAGAGGGACAUGAGAGACAGAAAGUAUGAAAAUCUAGUUCAGAAUGUAUUUUAUGAAGUGGCACCGAAAGAAUUGUACAAUUUAUCUCAUGUCUACAAAAGUGUUACCUCUGGUGAUCUUAAACAGUAUGAUGCAGAAACUAACUGUCGAAUGAUGUUGAAAAUAGCCAUUGAUUAUAAACACGAUUUUAUGGAGUGGGUAAAGAGGCAGCACUGCCCCUUCUCUGAGGUGCCCAUUAUACCUAUGUGA